AUGGAGUGCCCAGCAAUUGUUGUAUCUCUACACCAUCCAAAAACACGCCCCGGCAAUGCAAACAAACAUCCCAGAAAUAUUGUCUGGGAAGCAAACCGAGUGCAGCACCAAUCCAAGGAAGAAGUUGCUGCUGAAAAGGCCCAGAAACAAGCUGAGAAGGACGCUCAUGCUGUAGUGAUAAAUGAAUCACAUAUGACAAUUGCUGCAGCUGAGGAUGCAAUGGCCAUCCAGCAGAAAAUUGCAACAAAUGGUCUGCCCAAGCUCAUUCGGCCAUGCAUCAUCCCUAGCAAGAAGAGUGCACCACCUGCAGUUCAUGCUUCUCAAUCAACUACAGCUCCUCAAGACAAUCAGACUGGUUAA